CUCUCUCACACACACCCCCGCUUGGGCCUCCUCUCUCUCUCCGGCUCCAUUUUCUCCGCCGCCGGGGGCCGGGGUCUCCUGUGGGGGGCCCAGCCGGUACCCCAGGUCUCCCUUCAGUGCCGGGGUGAACCCCCGGGGGAGCCGGGAGCCAGGGGCAGACGGGCGGGGGUUGGGGCGGAGGGAGCAGCGGCCCCAGCGAGUUUGGGGGGGAGAAGUAAUCAGGCGGGGGGAGGGGCGGAGCAGGGAGGGGGCCUCAGGGCCCCCCCCCAGCUAUGGACGAGCGGCUACUGGGGCCGCCCCCUCCAGGCGGGGGCCGGGGGGGCCUGGGAUUGGUGGGUGGGGAGCCUGGGGGCCCUGGCGAGCCUCCCGGUGGCGGAGACCCCGGUGGGGGUAGCGGGGGGGUCCCGGGAGGCCGAGGGAAGCAAGACAUCGGGGACAUUCUGCAGCAGAUAAUGACCAUCACCGACCAGAGCCUGGACGAGGCCCAGGCCAACCCCUUCAUUCUGUCCAGAUGUGGAGACCUCCACACCCUCUCCAGAGCCCCUAAAGCUCCUCUCCACGGCUCAGCCAGACAGAAACACGCCCUAAACUGCCACCGAAUGAAGCCUGCUCUCUUUAGCGUCCUGUGUGAAAUCAAGGAGAAAACCGGCCUCAGCAUUCGGAGCUCCCAGGAGGAGGAGCCGGUGGACCCACAGCUGAUGCGCUUGGACAACAUGCUUCUGGCAGAGGGUGUGGCUGGGCCCGAGAAAGGGGGCGGCUCAGCAGCAGCAGCUGCAGCCGCUGCAGCCUCUGGGGGCGGCGUGUCCCCUGACAACUCCAUCGAACACUCGGACUAUCGCAGCAAACUUGCCCAGAUCCGUCACAUAUACCACUCGGAGCUGGAGAAGUAUGAGCAGGCAUGUAAUGAGUUCACGACCCAUGUCAUGAACCUGCUGAGGGAGCAGAGCCGCACCAGGCCCGUGGCCCCCAAAGAGAUGGAACGCAUGGUGAGCAUCAUCCAUCGAAAGUUCAGCGCCAUCCAGAUGCAGCUGAAGCAGAGCACCUGCGAGGCUGUCAUGAUCCUGCGUUCCCGUUUCCUGGAUGCCAGACGAAAGCGCCGUAACUUCAGCAAACAGGCCACUGAGGUCCUCAAUGAGUAUUUCUACUCCCACCUGAGUAACCCAUAUCCUAGUGAGGAGGCCAAGGAGGAGCUUGCCAAGAAGUGUGGCAUCACCGUGUCUCAGGUCUCCAACUGGUUUGGCAACAAGAGGAUUCGGUAUAAGAAAAACAUCGGAAAGUUCCAAGAGGAGGCAAACAUCUAUGCUGUCAAGACCGCCGUGUCAGUCACCCAGGGGGGCCACAGCCGCACCAGCUCCCCGACACCCCCUUCCUCUGCAGGCUCUGGCGGCUCUUUCAAUCUCUCAGGAUCUGGAGACAUGUUUCUGGGGAUGCCUGGGCUCAACGGAGAUUCCUAUUCUGCUUCCCAGGUGGAAUCACUCCGACACUCGAUGGGGCCUGGGGGCUAUGGGGAGAACCUCGGGGGAGGCCAGAUGUACAGCCCACGGGAAAUGAGAGCAAAUGGCAGCUGGCAGGAGGCUGUGACCCCCUCUUCAGUGACAUCCCCAACGGAGGGACCAGGGAGCGUUCACUCUGACACCUCCAACUGAUCUUGCCCCUCAGGGUCACAGGGGUGGGGGCUCUCACAAGGCGACUCUUGAAGAGGACACAGGCUUCCAGAGGACAAACCCCAAAUACAGGAGAAGCACAAGACAGAGAAGGGCCAAUGGGGUCAUCCCCUCCCUAACUAGACUCUCUGUGCUGGGGGUGCUAAUUACAUGGCAGGAAGAAUGGGGCCUCUAAGGGGAGUGUGGGGUCUGUCUCCCCCUUUUUUCCAUCUUUUUCCUCUCGCUUUCUUUCUUACACAGAAACAUACAUAUACCCAGAAACCUAUCUCUCAGACCCCUUUUUCUCCUGUCUUCCUCUCUCUCCCUCUCCCACACCUCACACACACACUCCCACUUGCAACUAUUCUGUUUCUCUCUCUGGGCUCCCCCACUUUCCCUUCCCCACCCCCCUUAUAUGUUCUGGAAUCUGUGGAGACGCCAGCCCUGCCCAACCAGAGAUGCCAAAAAUGGGGACAUGACUUCUGGACAGAGGACAUGGGCCACGCCCCCAUGCAUCCCCACCCCCGCCCCUCCAGACGGCUUACUUACCUCAUACGCAGCUCAUCUUAAACCAAUAGAAUCGCUCGGUGGACGAGAGUGUCUGACUCAGAUAUCUACCUCGGAGGGAGUUUCUGCUACUUUAGGGAAUUAUUGACUGGGCUUUGGGGUUGAACUUUUUUUUUUUUUUAAAGAAAGAAAAAGAAACCCUGGGAUCCAUCUGUUUUUUUUGUUGUUGUUGUUGUUUUUGGUGGUGGUGGUGGUUCUUAAUUUUUAAUUUAGUUUGGGGAAGUAGCUUUUUUUUUAUAAAUAUGUUGAUUUCUUGUCUUUUUUUUUUUUUAAUUUCUUACUUUCCCAUAUUAGGGGUGAUAGCCAAAGGGGUCCUGGUAAGAGAAAGGGGGGACAAACAGAACUGGUGAAGGGGCCUCCCUGGCUCCAGGCCUGUCCAUCAGGAAGUAAAUUUUACAGGGCACCAAGCUUUGCCCCCUAAAAUCACUUACGUGUUCUUUGCUCAUGCAGGCAGUUUCUGCCGCAUUUGGUGUGGAGGCAGUGAAGGGCUUGCCCUGCUGGCCUCUCAUCCCCCUUCUUCCCACAAACCUUGGGCAGGGCUGGACUCAGUAAUUUUGAGGAAAUCGAAGAUGCCAUCUUCCCCUGUGAGUGACAUGUCUUUAAUUUUUUAAAAAACUACUAUUUGAAAAUUGGAGGGGGAAGAAUGGGAAGGGAGUUAUUGCCAAAUAUGUUAAAUAUGGGUUGGGGUGCUUGUAUAUGUAUCUUCCUCAAUUUCCCCAGAAAUGAGGUAUCUUUUUGUCACACCAAAAUCAAGUGGUAGGGAGAGGGAGGAGGUUGCAAAAAGCCAGGUGUGGGGGAAAAGUAAAAUCAACACUGUCCCAUCCUCAGCCCUAAACCCUACCAUCUGAUCCCCUCAGACAUUCUCAGGAUUUUGCAAGACUGUCAGAGUGGGGAACCCCUCCCAUUAAAGAUCUGGGCAGGACUGGGGACAGGUUGGAAGUGUGAUGGGUGGGGGGGUGGGAGGCAUGGGCUGGGGGCAGUUCUCUCCUCACUUGUAAACUUGUGUAGUUUCACAGAAAAAAAACAAAAUGCAGUUUUAAAUAAAGAAGUUUCUUUUUUUCCUGG